AUGGCGGAGCCACUCCUCUCAGCCCACUCGGUCGGAGAAGGCAUCCCUGUGCUUGUUAUCCACGGCUGGGAACUCGAUGGCAGUUGCGAAGCUCUGGACUUCGAGCUCGUAUUUACCACGCUUUCCGGCUUCCAACGCAUCUACGUGGACCUGCCGGGCAUGGGUGCAACACCAGCCGGAAAUGUUCGAAGCUUGGACGACAUGUACCUGCGGCUGGUCCACUUCGUCGACACGACCAUCUCAACGUCGAGAUUCCUUGUAAUCGGAUCUUCAUGUGGAGCCUACCUCGCCCGCGCGCUGGCCGACAGAUAUCGCCAGCAGGUCGAUGGUCUGCUACUGCGUGUCCCACUCGUUGAGCCGGAGAACAGCAAGCGUGAUGUGGAUCCCUUCCGAGCUCUCGUUGAGAACGAGGAGCUCAUGGCAGGGGUGGCACACUCCGACCGAACAUACCUCGGAGACGUGCUCGUCCAAACACCAGAGUACUUGUCGAACUUGCAGUCAAAGGUGGACGGCGGUGUGCGUGCAGCGAUAUUGAAGUCCGAUGCAGCGGUCCUGAAUCCCAUCCGGUCUGAUGUCAAGCGCUACCGCCUCUCACCGCAGCUGGAUGCUGGCAGUGAGAAAUUUCCUGCGCCUACGCUGAUCUUGUCCGGUCGACAGGACGAAGUGACGGGCUAUCGGGACAGUCUACGGCUUCUCGAGUUCUAUCCGAGGUCUACGUUUGCGGUGCUGGAUCGUGAGACGCAUGCCUUGCCGGUGGACGAGCGGACUGUCUUUGAAGCCCUCGUGAAGAACUGGUUGUAUCGAGUGCAAGAGUGGCAAGGUGGUCGAGGCUAG